AGAGAAGUGAAUUAAAUUAUUAAUAAUAAUCAUAUCUAAUUUGUAAAAAAUGUUAUAUCUUUUGCAAAAAUCAUUUGUAAAAAAUAGUACUUUUUAAGGGUAGGUUUUACACAAGCAAAAGCAGGGAUCUAUUUUUUACUGGUAACUGGAACGAAAGUUUCUAUUUUACCAACUAUGAAGUAAAAUAGAUUUUUUCGUUAUCUAUGAAUACUGAUACUUUAUCAUCAAUCGGUGAUGGAUAAUUACUUUACCAUCAGUUGGCUUAAAAAAAUCUAUUUUACCGAGAAUCAGUAGAUAGGAAUUUUUAUUAUCUAUCAUCGAUAUAACGGGUAACUGUUAUACGUUGAUGAAAUAUAUGAAUAGAUAUCUACUAUUACCAACAUUUUUGUGGCAACAGAUAUCUAUAAUGUCAGCUAUUAUUGAUAUUUUUAUUCAUCGAUAAUACAACAAUCUAUCAAAGAGCUAAUAACUUCAUCUCUUUUACUGCAAAUUUCAAGAGACAACCUUAUAUGAAAAAUGUUGAAAAUACUGCUGAAAAUGUUGAAAUGAACCCAAGUGUAAUUCUUGACCAAUUUUGACGAACAAGGUUUCAUUCUUACGUAUAAACUAUUCUUGAAAGAACAGUAUUUUUUGACAUAUAAUUAAUAGCCUUAACAAACAUAAAUUAUUAAUUAUGGAUUCAUAGAAGGAAUUAUUUAUAGUGAAACACUUGAGAAAUAAAAUAAACGAGUAAAUGAGCAAAAUAAAUGAAACUAAAAUAAUUAAAUAAAUAGAGUAAAUAAAUAGAAAAGCCUAAUGAAUUAUCGUGAGUUCUAUGAUAUCGUAUUCAAUCGGUCCACGUCUCUGACGGUAGUGAAAGUGCACACGUUCGUAUGUACCCCACCUUUGACGAUGAAUAAACGUGCGUGCGCGGACAUAUUGACGUUAACUGGCCUAAGACCGGCCCGCGUAAAAUGAAGCGGGGCAAAACGUGUUAGUCCCCGAACCAAGAAACUUCUCAACAUAGAAAAGACAAAUAGUUGCUCCUUGUCGAUGUUGACGGGCCGUCGAAUAUUCUAUCUAGCUCGUAUUGGCAUAAUAUCAAAAAAAAAGAAAACAUUAAUCUUUCAAUAUCGACAACGUUAAUCGAAAAAACGUUAUUACAUUACAGUCUUCCGUUCUUGAUGGACCAAUCCUCGAACGGUGCGACUUGUUAUCUAAUCGAAAGUAAUUUCUUUUAAAUUCCGUAAUUCGUAGUCGUGUCGUUAACUGCUUAACGAUCUUGUAAAUCGUCUUCUAUAAUCAUCGUUUAUCGUCUUCAGUGAUCGGUCACGUGCGUUUCACUCGAUGUAAUUAUUUUGCGAUAUCAACAAAGUAACGUACGACGAAACGCGAAACAUUGAUUGUGUACAAAGUAAUAAUAAUAUAUUAUAUAUAUAUGUGUGUGUGUAUUUAUUCGGCGAGUAAAUGUAAAAAAAGUAUUAUCAGAUUAUAAACCGAUCGACACGUUUAUGUGACGUGUGAACAACGAAGAAAUUUGAAGAAACAAUGAAUCGGAAAACGAGAAUAAUUUUAGCAGAACUAUUUCUAUUUAUAUUUUUAGCCGGAACACAGGGUGAACCUUGUACGGAGUAUGGUUGUCCCGGACGACCACAAUAUGAACCUUUUGUCCCAGCACCUCCAGGACACACCCCGAGAUGUGCCAAGCCAGGACAAACGUUUUGUGAGUCUCUGGAUCAUUAUCCUCAACAGCUUAUAAAAUUCCUCGUCGAUAAGUGUAGUUUUGACUUCAGUACAGCGUUGAGAGAUGAGUCUCAUGAAGAUUUCAAUGCUUACAGCUCAUCACCUGAUUAUCAUCAAGGUUACGAAUAUCCGCGACAAGAUACCCCUACUUUAUAUUCACAGCCUUUGCCUAUUUUACCAACUCACUAUCCAGUGGGUAGACAACCAACUUUAAUAUACGGGCCACCGUUUAAUAGUACUCAUCACAAUGGGUACAAAUAUGCGGUACCUCCAAGACCUGAAAGAAAUCCAUUUUUGGAUGUAGAAUCUUCAGCGAAGUAUCGUCCACAACAUUCAGAAUAUCCUAUAUACUCUCAAGCGCCAUCUUUGAAAUCAUUCAAGCAAGAUCAAACGUGGUGGACGAGUAAUGGGUAUGUACGUAGCAAUAAAAUGGCACCACGAACGUUCCACGAGAAUCCGCUCUUACAGUAUGUGAACCUGAAAACGGAACGAACGAAGAGGCAAGUGAAUACGGAUACCGUCGUUCUUUGUCCAACUGAAGCGCAAUACAUUACACCAAAAGCUGCCCUUAACAAUCGAGGUAACUGGAUGUAUGUCGUUAAUCUCGCAGAACAGGACGACAAAUAUUCGCAACUUGUCAAAAGUGAAAAGUGUUCAACGAACACUUGUAAUGGUCUAUGCUCUCUUCCUGCUGGAUAUACGAGCACAUGCCAGCAACAAUUUGUGCAAAAGAGACUGGUUGCAUUAGAGGGAAGCGGAAAUCGACUUUACACUGAUAUUUUUUGGUUCCCACAUGGUUGCUCAUGUCACGUUAGAUUUAACGGUUUAUAAAAAUAACAUAUUUAUUAAUUAGAAAUUUAAGUAAUCGCAAUAACGAUUAGCAAAGAGAAUAUCAUCAUAAAUUCUUCCAUUAUCGUGAUAAAACAAGAAAUCAUCGAAACGUAGUAAAGUCAAUAAUAAAGUAUAGUAUGAAUAAUUUAGUUACGGUUGAUAUAUAUAUAAGAGUAUAUCAAAAGAUUAGUAUGUAAAAAAACUAUGAUAGUAUUGUGAUCAUAUUUAAUAAGAUAUUACUAAAAAUCAAUGUAAGUAAUAACAACAAAUUAUUAAUUUACCGAUAAUUAACAUCAUCAAUGCGAUGAAACAUGAAGCAAAUGCAAAAAAGCAAAUGGAAACCACUACUAUUUUGUAAGAUUGACCGACUGUUCGGUUAGUAAAACAGUUCUUUAUUAUUAUCAAUGAAUUGCAUCGAAAAUAGAACUUUAUUAUUAUUAUAUUUGGCUUGUAAAUCAGGACUUUAUCAAUCGAGUAGUCGAUAAAACAAAAAUCUACUAUUAUUCAUUGAUGAUAACACCGGGAACUACUUUAAUGACUGACAGUAAAACAAGGAUUUUUUGCCAUCAUCUAGUGACUAGACAGUCUAUUGGUGUAGCUAUUCUACCAAUAAAACAGAGAUCUACUAUUAUCUCUUGCUCCGUUUACUGGGUUAUAUCGAUCGGUAUAACUGCGUCCUGUCAUACGACUAAUUUUUAGGGUGAUUCAUGUAUGUUUAGUGUAGAAUACUAUUGUUGGAAAGUUAUGAAAUAGAUAUAUAUAUAUAUUUAGAGAGAGGGAAAAUUUUUAUUAAGAAAACACUAGGUUUAUUCGAUAUAAUAGAUUAACUAGGAUCACUUCAGAUAUUAAUCCGUAUUGUCGAUCUAGGUACUUAUGAAAUAAUGUUUAGGAUGCAAGAUUAUUUGAAGAGUAAUAUCGUUGUUUGACUUUUCAUUACCUUCUCUCCUUAUCAUCUUCCGAAUUCGUGGUAUCACUCUUAUUUUGUACACUCACUAGGCUUCACUUGUCUUAAUACUCAAUAGUGAUUAUCACAGAAAUGCGGAAAUGAGUUCGUUGAAGUAAAAAUAAGGGCUUUGAUUCCAUCGAUUGGAUAAGGAGAACGUAAAGGUAGCGAAAGAAGGAGAACCAGAGCAGGUCAAGCACGCGCAAGGCAGAGUUUUCACGCGUCGGGAGCACGCACCCCGUCCUUUUCACGCACUGCUCACCUUCUCGGCCGUUGACGCACAUACGAUCCAUGUUGCUGAUGCCCGUAUCGUUGUUUCUACACCUUCGAAUUAUGUGUCCCACCAUGAUCGCAAGACACUUUUUCUCUAACACAUUUUACACUACAUUAAUUUUUAUUUUAAUGGAUCAACAAUUUCAUGACCUUGCUUAUGAUUUUUUAUUCGUUUCUUAACUAAACAGAGUUUUAUAGGUGGUGACUAAUUAAAGCCCAUGUCUAAUACAAAUAAUAUUUUUGCUGAUGUUCACUGAUGAAUGAUGUAUUGAUGCACUGAUGAAUGACUAAUUUUUACAAAAGUAAAAAUUACAUAAGAAUAAAAGUUUACUUUAUCUUAUUGAAAAAUAUUUCUUUUAUACGAUUACCAGUAUUACUAAUAGAUGAUAAGUUGAUCUUAUAACAAUCGUUAAAUUCAAUACCGAGGCAGAUCUACCUCUGACCUAUUCAAGGAAAAUUAAAUAAAUAAAGCAAAAAAGCUUAAGUAUGGCUCGUAAAAGGAACUCGAUCGAAAGGAACGUUUUACUAGCGAUUUUCACGGUUUCUCCCCUUGGUAACGACAGACCGCACACGCGUGCACUUUGCCAAGUACAGAGAGGAAGAGAAAAACAGAGUAGUACUAAAUGAAAGAGAAAGAAAGAGUAGUACUAAGAGAAAGAAGCGUAGGCAAUGUCUACCCCCGUGUAGAGAGAAUGUAGAAAGGAAAAAAGCUAGGAGAAGCUCGCGUGCUCUGGAAAGCCAGCUCCGUUGCAGGAGGAAAAAUUGAAAGGCCUCCUCCGGUGUAUCCUCUUUCUCUCUUUCCCUCUCGUCCUUUCUCUCUCUUUCUCUUUCUUUCGUAACGCACAUACCAACAACAUAUACGCGCAAUAUAAGUGCGUGCUAUAGAUUUCGUUCCACUCCGUAGAACAUGUACUCGUACGAUACGUACGUGUCGUAUUCACUCGAGACCACCUCUUUCCCUCCAACCUACCCUCGAAACUCACCCCACCUACCCUGACUACUCCUGCAUCCUCCUCCCUUGCCCUUCUCCACCUGUGAGGAGGAGCAAAAAGGGGUGGAUUUCCUAGGCA